UAUGACGACUUAAUUUCUUUUGGUGAAGUUUAUAGUUGUUGCACAUCAUAGUGUUGAAUUCAUUGUCUUCACUUAGUAAUACUGUUGCUUUUGAGGAUGACCGACGUGGAAAAACUUUGAAUGGUGCUGUAAUGGCUUUUAGAAAGCACAGUCCUUUUGUAAUGGAGUGUUUGAAGGAGUUUUAUGCAUCUUAUGACGACACACAAUUGAGAUGGAAUGGAGCUGAUCUUUUGACAAGAGUUGCUAGUAACUUUUCCGUCAAUGGUAAUCUUUCCAGUAGAAAGAGGGAGAUCAAAUUUCAACCCUCGUUUGUUUUCUUCCCCAUCGGUCAUAACAAUAUUACCAGAUACUUCUCGGCACCAGCAAUGGAAACUGAGAAAACUAAACAAGAUACGCUGUUCAAAACUAUCCUCAAAGAAGCUGUCACAUUUCACUUUUGGAAUGGCUUAACUUCAGCUAUGGUUCCAGAGGCUGGCAGCCUUGCACACCGGCUCAUUAAUUACAAUUGCCUACGUUGCUCUGACACAUUGUGAAACACCAUUAAAGCAGAUGGAUGACCUUUUAAAGCAUUUUUGUUUUCAUGCCAUUAGAUAUACCUCACAGCUUUUAAAGAUAUUCCGGUGGUGCUUCAUCCAUGAAUAAUAUAUAAAUUUUUGUUGUACAAAAUAUGAAUCUCCAGUUGGUUGGCUUUCUGGACCUUGUCUAUAUUAGUUGUUGUAGAUUCCCUCGAGGGACGAAUUAAGAGGUCCUGCUUUUUGUAGCUGAGUUCUUACUGUAUAUUUCCCCUUGUGAGUUUUGUAGAACUAUUUGUAGUCAUUGGCAACAGGACAAUGAUAUAUUUAAAUGAUGUUCUUGUAUGAUUGUUUUUAUGUAA